AUGACGGUUAAUCGUAUUGGUUGGUUGCUGUCUACUAUGCACCUAAAUGAUAACAACAUGAUGCCUAAAAAAGGUGAAAUAGGUUAUGAUAAACUUUAUAAAGUUAGGCCAUAUYUAACAAWUUUGAAAUAUAAUUUUCAAAAGUAUUAUAAUCCUGACAAAAUUAUUGCGGUCGACGAAUCCAUGAUCAAAUUUAAAGGACGAUCAACUUUGAAACAAUAUAUGCCGAAAAAGCCUAUUAAAAGGGGAUACAAGGUUUGGUCACUUGCAGAUAAAAAAGGGUACUUAUGGAAUUUCGAAAUAUAUUCAGGUAAAGUUGGUGAMAAUGUGGRAAAAAAUUUAGGCGGUCGUGUUGUAAAAGAUUUAUCGUUUCCAUUACAGAACAAAAACCAUCAUCUUUAUAUUGAUAAUUUUUUUACGAGUUUGCCCCUCCUUUCAUAUUUGAAAAUGAAAGGAAUAAAUGCUUGUGGAACAAUAAAUUUAACGAGAAAAUAUUUACCAAAAUUAUGUCCAGAUAAAAAUAUGAAACUGGGAGAUUAUGACUGGCAAACAACUGAUCAAGAUAAUAUAUCUAUAGUAAAAUGGAAGGAUAAACGAAUCGUUAGUUUAUUAUCUAAUUUUCACGAUCCACAAAAUGUAACCCAGGUGCAAAGGAAGUCUAAAGAUGGUUCUGCAAUUAUGGUUAAUUGCCCUAAAGUUCUACAAGACUAUAACAAUAAUAUGAAUUGCGUCGACAAGUUUGAUCAGAAUAAAAAAUCUUACCAAAUUGACAGAAAAAGUCACAAGUGGUGGCAUCGAAUUUUUUUUUAUUUUAUUGAUGCUUCAAUAGUUAAUUCCCGUGUUAUUUAUAAAGAACUGUGUCCAGAAAAAACAACAUUAAAACAGUUUAAACGUGACAUUUCAAGAGAAUUUGUAUCGAAAACGUUAGUGCAAAAACGACGUAUGACUGUAGAGCCGUCAUCGCCAUCGCCAGUUAGUAUAAAAAAAGGAAAACCAACAGUUUCCCCAUCAAUAAGAAUGGAACAAUCCGCACAUCAACCUACAAGAUCGACAAGAAGAAGAUGYACAUUAUGCAGCACAAAAGAUAACGAAACUCGAACAAAUUGGAAAUGUUCAAUUUGUGAUGUUCCGUUAUGCUUGGGAAAAAACAAGACUUGCUUUGUACAAUACCACAGUAGUUGA